UAAAGUAUCAAAUAUUCGACGUUGUGGUGUUGGCUUUUAAUUAGUGCAAUUUUAUUAAUGUUAUCGUUAACGUUAUUUCUGUAAAUAGACAUUAGCGAAUAUGUCUCUUGAACAUUUGCUCAGAGCAUGUUGCAAAGCAUGCUAUUAUCGUUUUAAGAUUUUGGCAUUCUGUUACGGUAUUAAAAUAGAAGCCAUAGAUGUAAUCGUUUGCGUUUUGUAUUAUUGGACAUAUAAAUGUUGACGUUACAUCUUAGACGCAUAUGACUGUGAAAUCUUUCCUGAAAUCCGGAAAAACGUUAAACAAUGACGACGGGGAGAGACACAGCUUCGAUCGGGGCGGACAAGCAGCACCACGUGUCGCUGAAACAAGGGAACUGCCGUGCGGGCAACUUCAAGAGCGGCUUGAUUGAUUUCGUGGCCGGCUCGCUCGGCGGCGUAGCCCUCGUCUACGUGGGCCAACCGUUGGACACGGUCAAGGUGAAGAUGCAGACGUUCCCGUCGAUGUACAAGGGCAUGGUGGAUUGUCUCGUGCGCACGGUGAAGACAGACGGCGUCGCGAGGGGUUUGUACGCCGGCACAAUUCCGGCUGUGGUCGCCAACGUCGCCGAGAACUCCGUGUUGUUCGCCGCAUACGGCGUGUGCCAAAAUACGAUCGCUCAUUUCACGGAUGUGCAGAGCGUGAAGGAGCUGAGCUCCAUCAGCAACGCCUGGGCCGGCUUUUUCGCCGCGUUCUUCUCCUCGUUGACGUUGUGCCCGACCGAGCUGAUAAAGUGCAAGCUGCAGGCGAUGAGGGAGGUGGAAGAGACACAGGCGGCCGGCAACAACGUCGCGGGCAAAGCUAGGAAGCGCGUAGGACCGUGGAAAUUGACGACACAGAUACUUAGGGAGCAAGGUGUAAGAGGCCUGUUUACAGGUCUCUCGUCGACGAUAGCCCGCGAGAUGCCCGGCUACUUCUUCUUCUUCGGCGGCUAUGAAGCCACGCGGCAGUUACUGGCCGCGCCUGGUCAGAGCAGAGAUGACAUCGGCUGGCAGAAAACGAUGGUGGCCGGCGCGGUCGGGGGCACGGUGCUCUGGCUGGUGAUAUUCCCUGCUGACGUGGUGAAAAGCAGAAUACAGGUGAAAAAUCUCACGACACCGGCGUUGAUAGUUUUCAAAGACAUCGCGAGGCGAGAGGGUAUCGGUGCGCUGUACAACGGAUUGAUGCCAACUCUGAUACGAACGAUACCGGCGACCGCCACGUUGUUUGUCACAGUAGAGUACACGAAGAAAUUAAUGUACAAUUAUUUCUGAGUUCGAUCGCUCGAUGCUGGACUUUUAUGGCAUUGAGUGAACUUGAUGUUCCAUGUGUAACCAAAUAUUUUCACCAAACAUUCGGAUAAAACAUGUGCCAUAAAAAUAUAAUGCUUGCGUACGAGAGAACAAUGUCGAACAUAUGUACGACAGAAAUUUCUGUCGCAAGGUAUUUUUGUGGAAAACAAAAAUAUUUUUAAAUUCAAUGUAGAUAGGAAAAAGUAAUAUGUUAGCAUAUAUUUUGAAUACAAAUAUUUACACACAAAAGAUAUUAAUAUUGUC